CCGCGCCAAUGUAUUCCCGCUCAACACAAACUACAAAACCCUCUAGGUUCUUUCCAAUCUCCAUUUUCUAUCUUCAAUCUCAAUCUCAAUCUCUGAUUCUCAUUUCCAUUACCAUUUCCUUCUUAGUUUCUGAAUUCAACAAUGCCUUCAGUUUCUUCCAAACGCAGAUUCAGAUCUCCUGCUUCACCUACUCCGGCCGCCGCUUCUCCGCCAUGCCGGAAAUCUCCCCGCCAUUGCAUCGCUGCAUCUCCCAAUUCUGCUACAUCUGUGGCCCGCAAACUCAUCACCGAUGAGAAUCUAAUCGAAUCGCAUGAAACAGUAGCAGUGAAAUCCAAAUGGAAUCCCAAAGAUGGAGAGCAAUUGAGGAUUGUGAAGGAGGUGUUGCACUUGUCUACUGCACCGUCUACCAUAGUGUGUCGUGAGGAGGAGCAAGAUGUGGUGUUAGGGUUUUGCAAAGGAUCUGUUGAGCAUGAAAAGGCCGGGAGUCUUUAUAUUUGUGGGUGUCCUGGAACAGGAAAAUCGCUUUCUAUGGAGAAAGUUAAAGUGAAUUUACUCAAUUGGGCUACAGAGGCAGGAUUGCCGAUGCCGGAUGUUUUAUCUGUAAAUUGUACAUCAUUGUCAAACACAUCUGAUAUUUUUGCAAAGAUACUUGGAUUGCACAAAACUCUGGGGAAGAAGGGUUCAGGCACAGCCUUGCAGCAACUUCGGAAUAUGUAUUCUCAUGAAUCGCGUACAAAGAACAUGAUAUUGAUUGUAGCAGAUGAAUUAGAUUAUCUAAUAACCAAAGACAGAGCUGUGCUCCAUGACCUUUUCAUGCUUACCACUUUCCCGUUUUCCAGGUGUAUACUGAUAGGUGUAGCUAAUGCAAUUGACCUAGCAGAUCGAUUUCUUCCAAGGCUUACUGCAUUAAAUUGCAAGCCUACUGUUGUAACUUUUCGAGCAUACACAAAAGAUCAGAUCCUUAGAAUUCUUAAAGAAAGACUAAAUGAACUUCCUUACACUGUCUUCCAACCACAAGCAUUAGAACUAUGUGCUAGAAAAGUUGCCGCAGCUUCUGGAGAUAUGCGGAAUGCUCUUUCCAUAUGCAGGAGUGCAAUUGAGAUGUUAGAAGCAGAAAUUAGAGAUUCUGCUUCCAAUUUGAAUGCCUUAGAAGAGAAAUCAUCCUCGGAACAAAAUCUUCCUACAGCUCUGGAUGUUGUGAAAAAACAAGAACUUGAUAUGGUAAGGAUUGAUCAUAUGGCUCUUGCCUUGUCCAAAACAUAUAGAUCACCGGUGGUGGAUACAAUACAAUCUCUGCCACAUCAUCAACAGAUUAUACUCUGCUCUACCAUGAAACAUUUCCGAGGAGCCAAGAAAGACUCAAUCCUUGGCGAGUUAUAUAAAUCUUAUGCGGCGAUAUGCAAAUCAUCACUAAUUCCCCCAGCUGGAAUUAUGGAAUUUUCAAACAUGUGCAGAGUGUUAAAUGACCAGGGCCUUAUAAAACUAGGACAAUCCCGAGAUGAUAAAUUGAGAAGAGUGACACCCAAAGUUGACGAAGGAGAUAUUACUUUUGCAUUGCAGGGGAUCCGCUUUUUUCGAAAUUGUCUUCAAUGAUCCUGCUUACUGGUGGUGGCAACAAUUUUAGAAGCAAGAGAUUUUAGAGGAAUUUCCUGCUUACUGGUGGUUGCAACAGUUUCAGAAGCAAGAGAUUUUAGAGGAAUUUUAUUUAUUUAUUUUAGAGAAUAAUAUAGCAAUUGAUGUAAUCAUUAAUUAUAAACAUUAAGAUUUCACAUUAAUAAAGUGAUUCUUUUCUCAUACUGUACUAGUCUCAAAUAUGAGUUGAGAUUCAUUGCAAAUAUUCAAUCCAAUGCAGUAAUU